AUGAAGAACUUUGUGGCAACCCAAUUUUCCAAGUACGACCGUGCACAAACUAAAGUUCCCAAAGAGCAUAAAAAGAUAUCAUAUCAGGAGCUCCAGAGAACAACAACUGACUUCUGUGAAGCCAACUUGCUUGGAGAAGGAAGCUAUGGUUCUGUAUACCAAGGCGUACUGUCAGAUAGGACAAUCGUCGCUAUUAAAAUUCUAAACUUGCAAGUUGAGGGAGCUUUUAGAAGUUUCGAUACAGAGUGUGAAGUAUUGCGAACAACGCAUCAUAGAAAUCUUGUUAUAGUCGUAACUAUAUGCUCAAACCUUGAGUUAAGAGCUUUGGUUUUGCAAUUCAUGUCUAAUGGAAGCCUUGAUAAGUGGUUAUAUUCUCAUAACUAUUGUCUUAAUCUCUUUCAAAGGGUGAGUAUCAUAGCUUUGGAAUAUCUCCAUGAUGGUCAAUCAGAGCCUGUGGUUCACUGUGAUUUGAAACCUAGCAAUGUCCUUCUAGACGAAGAUAUGAUUGCACAUGUUGCUGACUUCAGAAUUGCAAAAACUUUAGCCGAAAACAAAACUACAACACAAACCAACACUUUAGGCACACUUGGCUACAUUGCACCAGAGUAUGGCUCUGAAGGAAGAGUGUCGACAAGCGGUGAUAUGUAUAGUUAUGGGAUAAUGCUUUUGGAGACAUUUACAAGAAAGAAACCGAUAGAUGAAAUGUGCACCGAAGAGAGGAGUUUAAAGCAAUGGGUGAGCACAUGGCUUCCUGAUGAAGUUAUGGAAGUAGUGGAUAGUGGAUUAUUGAGGACACAAAAUGAAGGAGACAUGGUUGCUACCCAAAACAAUCUUAUUGCUAUUUUGGCGUUGGGUUUGGAGUGUAGCACAGAAUUAGUAGAAGAGAGAAUUCAAAUUAAAGAAGUACUUGGCAAGUUGAAUAAGAUCAAAAGACGAAACAAGCAAAAGAAAUCUGUUGGAAAGAGAAUUUUUGCUGGUUUUUUUGGCUGCAAUGGACCGUGUUUGGAUAAAAAGUCAGUUCACGUCAGUGAGGCUCAUAGGAAAGGGCUGAAAAAAGAAUCCCUUCGGUCUGUGAAUCCAGUUGUGUUUGAUGGAACGAAGCAAUUAGAAUCAGGCCUGAGAGGUGGAGAGAAUUUCGCAUUCCCAAUUCUUGAUUCAGGGGAGGAAAAUUUGACAAUUAAAAAGCAGUUAGAUUUAGAAGAAGAACCACGACACUCAAUUGAGAGAAAAUUGGUUAAAACGAAUCCAAAUUGUUUCUCUGUACUGGGUUUUUCUUGUGGUUGGGUUGAUGAUGGAAACAGUCCAGAGUAA